UUCAUGUCCCCCCAUGUCCUGCUGUUUCAGCUGUGAUGAUGACAGGUUCUUCCAGAGGGUGUGUGAAUCCGUCCCUGUGAGGUCCAGAGAGGAGGACCAGCAGUUGGCCUCUCUCCUCCAGGCCUUGGGCUCCACCCUGUCACUGGGAGGAGAGUUACCCAGGAAAACCUGCAGGUCUGUGGGGAGAGUCCUGGGUCUCUGUGCCUCCAGAGUGGACCUCACUCUUACCCCCAGCAAGAUCUCUCUCCAAGGAGCCUUACUUAUUGUGAGACAUGAGUCAAAGCUACACAAGCUCAGGUAUGUUCAGUAAGACAGCUUUUACAGGUCUAUUGAAUAGUUUAUUUUCCUAUUGAGCAUUUUAUCUGACAAGGUUUCUCUGUUUAAAGUGACUUGAGUUUUGUCUUUUCAUUCCAGGCUGAAUGUGGGCAUGGCAGUGAAACUGUCCAGACUGGUUAGGAGGACAGGGAGAGGUGCUACUCCACUGACUGUCCCAGAGCUCUCCCUGGUCCUAAAGAGCAACCAGCCACCAGAGAGAGUGUUAUCCAGGGCUCUGAGUAGUGUGGCAUCCCUGCUGAGACUCUGGAGGGUUCAGUGUCUGGACCUGACUGACUUAUGGAUCCAGGGUCACUCUCUCAUCACACUGCUGUGUCACCAGGGACCUCUCUCUCUCAGGUCAGUCUGAAGCUGAUGUUUUUUAGAAGUAGAAAUAGGAACUUCAUUCAUGUGUUUUUCUUCAUAUUUCUGACUGCCUUUAUGUUCCAACCUCCUAGACUGAACUCAGACACUCUGCAGCAGCUGACUGUAGUUGUGUAUGAAGCUCAGGACAAGGACUUGACUCAGUGGUUCCUGGAGAAGGUUGGUGGAGACCUGACCUCCUGCAGGCUGGACCUGGAAGUGCUUCUCUCUCUGCUGCAGCAUUCAACCCACAACAUCACUGUGGACCUCAGGAAGAACAGGCUCCUAGAGAAGUACAUCUCAGAUCUUCUCCCCUUUCUGGGAAGGGUUAUAUUCAAGAGGUGGGAGAACUUCUUUCUCUAUUCAGACUUUCUAGAAAGAAGAACAUAACUAUUUAUAUCCAGUGACAUGUUGUUCUGAGUGAUCCUCUAUAAUAUCAUUAGGGUUUUAUUCAAGAGGUGAGAGAUCUUUAUUCAAUAUUUAUAGACUUUAAUUAUUAAUGUCCUAUCCAGCCAGUUGUUGCUAUGUAAGUCGCUCUGGAUAAGAGCGUCUGCUAAAUGACGUAAAUGUAAAUGUAAUGUGAGUUAUCCUUUAUGAAACCUUGACAUAACCACAACAAUCCAUUCUCCAUGUUUGUUCAGGUCCAGUUCCAGCUUUGUAAAGUCCACCAUCAGACAGAUCUAUGACAGCAGAGCCAGUGACUGUGUGUCCAGUUUGUUGAGGUCUUCAGACCAUUGGAUCAACCUGAACAGCAGAGAGCUGGACAGAGUGGACUGUACUGCUCUGUGUUUUACCCUGCAGCACUGCCACCAAGUCAAAGUCAACCUGCUGUGGACCUCCAUACCACCGGGGGAGAUAGAGAGCAUCCUGCCUCUUCUGGACAGAGUCUCCCAACUCAGGUUUAGUUGGCUCUCUUUAACCCUGCUAGAAUUGAUAUGAAGCUUGUCAUUUUCUGACUGAUUUAACCAUUAACCCUAACCUUAAUCUAAUGCACUUAACUUUAACCUCACCUAGGGGUGGAAUUGAAGGGGAACGCCGGGAGUUGACAUGAUAAACAGAGUUGUAGUGUGUUCAUCAGUGUUUUAAUGUGUGAUGGUGUUUAAAUAAGUCUCUGUCUGUCUCUCUCUCUCGCUCUCUCUCUCUCUCUCUUUCUCUCUCGCUCUCUCUCUCUCUCUCUCUCUCUGUCUCUCUGUCUCUCUGUCUCUCUCUGUCUCUUUCUCUCUCUCUCUGUCUCUCUGUCUCUCUCUCUGUAGUGUUGACAGGAGGUUACUGCUGAGUUUCCUCCAGUGCUGUGCUACCUCUCAGAUCCAGCAGGGGGCACCACCACCACCACCACCAACAGCAGUAUGGCUGCUCAGGUCUCUGCACUACAGGCUGGACUUCUCCUGCUCCUCCUCUGUGGACCUGUCAGCUCAGGACCAGGAGGAGGCUCUGUGUCUGACCACUGACCACUGCAGGGCCAUCACCUCUGUUCUGAAGCAGAACCAACACAGCACCCAGCCGGUCCAGAACCAGGUGCAGAUCAUCCUAAGAGACUGUGAGGUGGAGGACAGAGCACUGAGGGAGCUGCUUCCCAUCCUGCAUAUUGUCAAGCUGAGGUUAGACACACAAAGACAAACAUUUAACCAACUAGUUCAUCAGUAGGAGUUAGACCUACUCUGUGUCAUAAUGUUAUCUCUGCCUCUUGUCCUGUCAGCCCCAGCAAAGCUCUGCUACGUCAGCUGCUGGACCUUGUGUGUGAGGGGAUUGAAGAGGGGGUGCUGAGGCACGCAGAGUCCCUGUGCAGAGCCCUGGAUGGAGAGCUGGACCUCAGUGAGACCAGGCUGGACCAGAAGGCCUGUGGAUCUCUGGCCCUGGUUCUGGAACACUCAGAGGGGCUGUCAGAACUGGACCUCAGCCACUGUCAACUCACAGACCACCACCUACAGGCCCUGAUCACACACCUGCACAAAGUACAAGUCCUGGAGUGAGUGGCUUACACUCUGUGUGUGUGUGUGUGUGUGUGUGUGUGUGUGUGUGUGUUUGUGUGUGUGUGUGUGUGUGUGUGUGUGUGACUACAUGACAAAUGUCUGAUCACUCGUGUUCUCUCGCAUUCUCUCUGUCUGUGUCUCUGUCUCUCUCUCUCUCUCUCUCUCUGUCUCUGUCUCUGUCUCUGUCUCUGUCUCUGUCUCUGUCUCUGUCUCUGUCUCUGUCUCUGUCUCUGUCUCUCUCUCUCUCUCUCUCUCUCUCUCUCUCUCGUAGCCUGAGUCACAAUGACAUCACUGAUGCUCUGACUGACAAAAUACUCCAACUGGUCUCCACCAACACUUCAAUACACACCGUACGGUAAGGGUGUGUGUGACGGUGAGCAGAGCAUGUGUGUGUGAGAUCAUAUGGGUGUCUCUGUUGCUGGGAGCAACUGUUGGAGGAUGGAGAUCUGUUGUCUAAUGUUCUAAUAAUUAUUAAUAAUAGUAAUGUUCUUCUCUACAGACUCUUCAACAACAGAAUCCAGGACAGAAGACCCUUCCUGACAGACAAGAGGUUUGAGAUCUGGUGAAGAUAAUGUUGUAUAAUGACAGUAUAAUGUGGUCAAUGUAUAUAGAAGGCUGGUUCAAAAUCACACUGAUUGAUCUGAGUCCAGAAGAAUAGUCUUAGGGACAGGAAUGUAUCAUCUGGUGGACAGACGUCUUACAUGUGUUGUCACUCAGGUCCUUAAAAACACAGGAACAUGUG